AUGCGGCGCCUGUGGUCUAUUUGCAGUCGCUACCAGCAGCCUCACUACCGCAUCAGUCUGACUACCGAGUGCCAGGAAGAUAUCCAAUGGUGGCUACGGAUCCUGGAACAAUGGAACGGAAAAUCAUUCUUCCUGUUCCCAGAUUGGACACCAUCUCCAGACUGGGAGCUGUUCACUGAUGCCAUUGGCACCCUGGGCUGGGGCGCAUUCAACAGCGGCCGCGGGCUUCAAGGGACCUGGUCGCCUGAGAAACUCGCUCACAGCAUUGAGUGGAAGGAGCUAUACACGUUAGUCACAGCGUGCUGCACGUGGGACAAGGAAUGGCGCCAGCUUCGUAUCACAGUGCACUGUGACAACAAGGCGGUGGUAGAUUGCAUCCGCUCCGGCACAUCCAAGUCACCGCCAGUGAUGACCCUGAUCAGGGAGCUGUUCUUUGUGUGCGCCCGCUUCAAUUUCACCGUCGCUGCUGCUCACAUUGCUGGCCAGUCGAACUGCAUUUCCUAUUCGCUGUCUCGUUUCCGCAUGGAGGAAUUCCGGCGUCUCGCCCCAGCUGCUCAAGCACAACCAGACCGAGCAGUGCUGCCAUUCCAGCCGAAGUAA